AUGGGGAACAAGGAGAAACAUUUUGUGCUAGUUCAUGGAGCUGGUCAUGGAGCAUGGUGUUGGUAUAAGGUGUCAACUCUGCUCGAAUCAUCAGGUCAUAAGGUUACGGUUCUGGACAUGGCUGCGUCUGGAAAACAUCCAAAACAGGUUGAUGAAGUAGGAUCACUUUGGAAUUACUUUGAGCCUUUGAUGGAAUUCAUGGCAUCUCUCCCACAAGAGGAGAGGGUGAUUCUGGUGGGACAUAGCUUUGGCGGUCUUGGCAUAUCUGCUGCCACGGAAAGGUUCCCUGAGAAAGUCACUGUUGCAGUUUUCUGUACUGCUUUGAUGCCCAGCCCUCAUCUCAGUAUAACAACUUUUUUUGAAGAGUUGAUCUCCGGUUCUGACCAUAUGCCUAUGUUCUCCAGGCCCAAAGAAUUGUUCUGUUGCCUCCUAGAGAUUGCUGAUAAAUAUGACUAAAUUUAUUUUUAUAGUUGAAACUUGUUACGGUUUGCAAACGACCAAGAGUGACUUUGGUGUAAACGUUAAAUAAUUGCUAGAAAUGAAGAAAAU